AUGGCCUACAAUCCUCACCCGCUCUCAGCUUUGUCCAUUGACGAGACGAAUCUCGCCCGCGACGUCGCGCUGAGCUAUCACCCAGAAGAGGUCCUGUACUUCAGGCAGAUUCUUUUACUUGAGCCUCCGAAAAGUGAGGUUGUGCCAUUUCUUGAGCUCGAGCACUCCGGCAGGCUCCGCCCAGAUACGCCGCGACCGCAGCGUCUAGAGAAGGUUCAGCAUGACGUGAUCUCUAAGGGGAGCAAAGCCCCGCAGUACCAGGAGUCCGUUGUCGAUUUGAGGCGGAAGCAACGAGUACGGCACGAGGUCAUUGCCAAAGAGAAGCGCGCCGCAUUGAAAAUUGAGGAACUUCAGUGUGUUGCGGAUGCGUGUGCUAGGUCACAGCUGUGGAAGGAUAAGCUGAAACCCCUGAAAGUACCCGAUGGUUUUGAGCCGAACGGACCCAGCUUCACGGUCUCGGACGAGAAGCUUGUCGAGUGGCAGAAGUGGCGGAUGCGUGUCACAUUUAAUUCCAGAGAGGGUGCCGUGAUCCACGACAUCAGCGGCACCGCCCAGGAUUCGAAGCACGUAAUCUGUCUGCACGAACAGGACAACGGUAUAGGCUGGAAGCACACGAACUGGCGGACAAACCGUGCCGUUGUUACGCGCCGCCGCGAGCUUGUCAUUCAAUUUGCCAUUACUCUCGCAAACUAUGAGUACAUUUUCAGCUUCAAGUUCGACCAAGCCGCCGGUAUUACUGCAGAGGUCCGCGCUACAGGAAUUGUGUCCGUUGUCAAUAUCAACCCGGGCAAAAGUGCUAGCUGGGGGAAAGUGGUGAACCCUGGCGCCCUUGCACAAAACCACCAACACAUUUUCUGUCUGAGGAUCGAUCCGGCCAUCGACGGCCAAAACAACACCCUCGUGCAGGAGGAGUCAUUCCCGGUUGGUCUCGAUGCACAGACAAACCCAAAGGGCAACUUCUAUGAAGUUCGGCAGUCUAAGAUUCGGAGCUCCACUGGUCUGACGCAUAAUCCUCGCGUGGAGGAUUGGCCUGUGAUGCAGAGCCGCCUCCUGAUCUUCAGGAACGACUUCGGAUAUGACUAG